AUGGGCCAUUUUAAUUUGGUUGGUUUAAUUAAACUUGUUAGUAAAGCGUUAAAAAUCGAAAACCUUUUAAAAAAGUUUGCCCAUACGAGUUCGAACCAUUUUUUAAUUUUGCUUUUAAAGCAAAUAGCUGCCCCCGUCCUUUCCAUUAUAACGAUUAAGCGUAAGGAAUUUGUUAUAUAUAACCUUUCCUGCAACAAAUUACUACGGUAUACACUUUGGUAUUAUGGAAAAGGCUUUGUUAUUGCACGAAAAGGAAGUUAUUUGGAUAAGGCGCUUUUAGCGCUUUGUUGUGGUUUUCGUUUUAUAUAUUUAAAAAAGUUAAAUAUAAACGUAAAGCUUUACAUUUUGGGAACGUUUUUAAUUUUGAUUUGGGUAAAAACUUUCGCUAAAGCCGCCGCCGCCGCCGCCGCCGACGACAACGACGACGUAAAGGUUGUUUUUGGGAACAACGCCGACUUUUUAACUUUUUUAAAGCGGCUAAACGGCUUGCCCAUUGAGUUGUUAAUUGAUACGGGCGGAAGCUGCAACCUAGUUAAGCUGGAAUGGUUUUAA